ACCCUCUUCCUCUGAGUCUCACCUCUUUUCUGUCUCUUGUGCUCAUUCUUAGUAAUAGUUAGAGUUUUUGUUUGGCCUGUAUUGUUUGUUAUAGUAUAGAUUUUUGCAUUUUUCUUUAUCAACGAAGAACAGUUUUCUUUGCUGAUUUUUUUUCCCCCUCUCAUCUUUAUUUUUUUUACUUUUUGUCUUCUUUCAGAGACAUCAUCCUGAUCUUCACCUCCAUUUUUCUUCAACAGUUUGGAGGAAACCAAAUAAUACAGCAAUAUUUUGAACCAUGAGCACUUACACUGUGACACUUCCCGGACCUGCGCCAUGGGGUUUCCGCUUGCAAGGAGGCAAGGACUUCAACAUGCCCCUCACCAUUUCCCGGAUCACUCCUGGGAGCAAAGCAGCUUCAGGUAACCUGACCCAGGGUGACAUCAUUGUAGCCAUCGAUGGGGUCAGCACUGAGGGCAUGACUCACCUGGAGGCUCAGAACAAGAUCAAGGGUGCCAACUUUAACCUGGCCCUCACCAUGCAGAGGUCAAAGCGCCCAGUCCCUGUGUCAAUGACUGCACCACGAAUCGACACUUCAUUUCCUGUCAUCCCUCAUCAGAAGGUUAUUACCAACAUGCCUAUCAACAACGAGUAUGUACCCACUUUCAACCCCACUGCCCUUAAGGAUACAGCUCUUUCCACCAACAAGCCCAUUGAAGUGAAGGGGCCGGGAGGCAAGGCCACCAUCAUCCACGCCCAGUACAACACUCCGAUUAGCAUGUACUCUCAAGACGCCAUCAUGGACGCGAUCGCUGGUCAGUCUCAGGCCAGAGGGGCUGAAAUGUCCGGUAGUCUGCCUGUUAAAGAGCGUGUUAUAGACAGUGCUUCCCCAGUGUAUCAGGCUGUGAAUUCCAGCGGAGAAGUGCUGGAGCCUGCUGAGUGGGCACGGAGAGCCGCUCACAUGCAGUCCAAGUCCUUCCGCCUUCUCGCCCACAUCACCGGCACUGAAUACAUGCAAGACCCAGAUGAGGAAGCUCUUGCCAGAGCGAGGGAAAUAUUUGAAUCAGGAGCCAAGGGCCCGCGUUUUGCCAAACUGAAAAAUUGGCACAACGGCCUGUCUGCCCAAAUCCUUAACAUAGCACACUACACGCCUGUCCAGCAUGCUGCGGUGUCCACCGGCACUACCCAUGUCGGUCUGCCCGCUUCUGCAUCUGCAUCUGCAGCUUUGCCCAGUCAGCUGGCCGCCAAUCAGGUGCCUGAGCAGACUGCUGAACCAGCCUCUGUAGGCUCUAGCCAUGUCAGCUUUGUAUCAUCCUCUGAACCACAGGCUGUAUCUCAAGCUGACCCUGUGGCUCACGAGGCCUCUGAGGCCCCUAUUCACCCCCCCGAGGGGCCACGCCACCUGUCGCUUGCUGCCUCAACCAUUUCAACUGCUUUGACUACUCAAUCUAGAAACCAUGUGUAUCAGAAAGGGUCGCCGCCCACCUCUGCGCUGGAUGCCCUGUCAAUCACUCCAUACUUCCGCAGCAGAGCUUUGCCCAAACGCAAGCAGUCAGGAAAAGCAAAGAAAGUGAGCUUCACCAUGCAGUCCUCAUCCAGUUACAGAUCACAAUACCAAACCUCCGCUACCAGCAACCAGUAUGCACCACCUAUGCAGCAAGCUCAACAUGUUCAACAGCCUGUUCACAUUCAAUCCACUCCACCCCUUCAACAGGCCCCACCCAUGCAGCAGAGCUCCAUUCACAUCCCUGUAGGUCCACCUUCAACUAAAGUCAGUACUGCCACCAUUGUACCUACAGCUUAUCCCAGUGCUCCCGGGUGUGAGUUUCAGGGGCAAAAGGCACAGCGUGUCCAUUUCAGUGAAGCCCCUGUUCAAGCCCCUCCUCCUGCCCAAGUUCAUGUUCCUCCUCCUGCCCCAGUUCAUGUUCCUCCUCCUACCCAAUUUCAUGUUCCUCCUUCUGCCCCAGUUUAUAUUCCUCCUUCUGCCCCAAGUAAUUUUCCCGCUCAUAUCCCUACUGCUCCUGUCCCAAGCUCUGCCCAAUCCUCCAGCAGACCCCCCUGGGUCAUGGAUGACACUUUUGCCCAUAAGUUUGAACCCAGCAAGACCACCACCACCAGCAUCAAAGUGCAGCCUCUUCCCACUGCAGCCCCACCGCCUCCUGCCUUCAUCCCCAACCCUUCUUCUGCCCCAGCUGCACUCAGCUCUGCCCCAGCACCUGCUAUCCCCGCCCCUUUCCCUCCUGUGGCUCGUGGCGUGGCACAGAGAGCGGAGCGCUUUGCUGCCAGCAACAGGACACCGAUGUGUGGGUCCUGCAACAACAUCAUCAGGGGGCCCUUCCUAGUGGCGCUGGGCCGAUCAUGGCACCCGGAGGAGUUUAACUGCCAUUACUGCCACACGUCACUGGCUGACGUCAGCUUCGUGGAGGAGCAGAAUAAUGUUUACUGUGAGAACUGCUAUAGGGAAUUCUUUGCCCCUACCUGUGCCCGAUGCAGCACUAAGAUCAUGGGAGAAGUGAUGCAUGCUCUGCGGCAGACCUGGCACACUACCUGCUUUGUGUGUGCUGCAUGUGGGAAAGCGUUUGGAAACAGCCUCUUUCAUAUGGAGGAUGGAGAACCUUACUGUGAGAAAGAUUAUAUUGCGCUCUUCAGCACGAAGUGUCACGGCUGUGAUUUCCCAGUGGAGGCUGGGGACAAGUUUAUUGAGGCUCUUGGCUACACAUGGCAUGACACCUGCUUUGUGUGUACGGUCUGCCACAUAAAUCUGGAAGGCCAGCCGUUCUAUUCUAAGAAGGACAAACCUUUAUGCAAGAAACACGCUCACGCCAUCAACGUGUAGAUCCAGCAGGAGUACAGCGAUCAUUCUGGUCGCUGCCUUUGCCUUAAUACCGCUUAGAGAAGGAAUUGAAACCAAUUUAAAUACGGAUUCUACAAAUCAAGCAGCCCGACCUACGUAUUAUAUACUUAAUAUUAAAACUAUUAAUAAUAUAAAGACAAGUUGAUUUGAUGCCAUGUUAUGUUUUAAUUGAAUACAGAAGUGCUGAAUUGAGUGUGUGCAAUGAGAAUAGAUAAAUAGAUCAUCUUUAUACAUUUAAUGCAGUUUGCUAUGGAGCGAGCUCUACGUGUACAGUACAUACAGAGCUCUGUGAGGGGGAAAAAAAUUAUUUCAGUUGAAUUUGACUUGAUCGAGUGCUCCUGCAUGUUGCAUUUGCAAUGUGUUCCUUAUAGUUGGUGUGAUCGAGGUUUUUUUUUUUAUUGUUUUUUGUUUUUUGCUUUUUAUCUAACUAGAAUUUGAUAUUUCAAGAUUAUCGUGUUAGCAUUGUGGAUUGUGUCGAUUUUUCAUUGGUAAAUGAAUGCAACACACCUAUAGAGAGGUUAGAAUCUUUAUCUUAGUUAGCAACACUUGGAAUGAGGAAUAGUCCUGAGCGUUAACUAAAAUAUAGUUGUUGUGUGUGAAAUAUGUAUUUUAUUCAAAGUGUUCCUGAUUUCUUUAUUCAGGUCUUGUCAUUAUUGAUGUCGAGAUUGCAUCUGGUAAUGCCUGAAAUGUAUUAAAGCCCUAAAUGAGAACUUUAAUAAUAUUUUUUUAUUUAAUGUCUUUCCACAAGAGGCUUUAUUUGUAUACAUCAAGGUUUAUGAGAACUAAGAGAUAAUAUUGUAACGCGUGGCUGAAACGUCAGCUGCUGCGCUGUUUUAUUGCUGAGUUGAAUUGACACCUAAUUUAUUUUUGUUCUGUGCAUGCGUGAUGGGCAACACAUGGAUUAUUUGAAGCUAUACAGUAUGUGUGUGUGUAUAUAUAUAUAUAUAUGGAUCAAUUCCCGUUCCAAUUACAGUACAUCAAAUAAUUUAACUGAAAGUUUCACGUGUUCUCCUCGUGGUCCUCUGGGUUUCCUGUGGGCUCUCCGGUUUCCUCUGAAAAAAAUAAUAAAUCAUGCCGGACGGUGGCUUGACUAUGCUGUAGUACCGUGUGGUGUGUACAAUGCCCUGCAAUGGACUGGAGGGUUUAUUCAGUCUGUAAUCUUCCCUCACACCUCACACCACGAUCCUGACCAGGAUAAAGUGCCUAUUGAAGAGAACUGUACAGAAAAAAAUGAAGACAACAGUAACACAGAUCGUGAUUGCUUUUGAUAGCGUUACACAGUUUCUGGAGUUGAAUUUGGAUUUAGUUUGUUAGAUUUCACUUCUGUGUGUAUUAUUUAGCUAUGAAUUUUACCAUAAACUACCAAUUUAGGCAAUAUUGUAAAAGAAAUUGUUGUGAAAUUGUGUACUUUGAGUACAGUGUGGACGGUUGUGUAGCUGUGUAUGUAGAGACCGUUUAAAACCAAUGGGAAAAUCUUACAGUACAAGUAUAUUGUGUACAUUUUCACCAUAUAUUUAUUUCUUGUAUUUUAUAGAACUAAUAAUUGUCUCACAUCGUUUGACAUUUCUGUGUCAACCAAACCCUUAAGUUAUAAAUGGGAAACAGUGAUUGUGUCGAGAUACUUAGUGAACUUGCAUAACAUAAAUCCGGUUUUCAAGUAGAUCACUGAAGAUAGAUGAUAUUAAUAUAUGUGUGUAUUCAAUCCUAAUCAUUUUCUUUAGUUGCUUUGUUGAAUGUGCAGGUCUUUCAUUCCCUGUCUCAUUAAUACAGCCUGCAUUCCAGCACACUGAGGGUUUUUAAACAGUGUAUGUCUGUAUAAGGCGGUGCUGUGUUGGAGCAGGUAGCAUUGCCUUGUCACAGCUUCUGUGAUCGAUCCUGAACUUAGGUUACUCUCGGCAUGGAGUUGCUCAUGCUCAGGGUUCUCUGUUUUUAUCACACUGUUCAACAUCCUGCAGAACUGGCUAUUCUAAAUCGCCUCUAGGUGUGAGUGAGGGUGUGAAUCGUAAUCUGCGUUGGACUAACUUCCAACACAUUGUGAAUUAUCCAGCCUUGUGCUCUCAGUGUAACCUGGACAGACUUCGGAGCCACCACGACCCUGAUGAAAUUGAUAAGCAGUUGAAUGAAUAAAAGGAUGAGAACAUCGUAA